CUAUAAAGAGAGCAGUUUCUUUCACAUUCCCGCAACGAAAUCACAUUUCAGGAAAAAUCAGUGAGGUCCUUCGAAAAAAAAAACAAAAGCAUACAUCCACCGCAUUUAUCCAACACCAAUGGAGCAUACAUUGCAACAAUUCACGUUCUUCAUCGUCACCAAGGGAGUUAAGCCUGGAAUAUAUGCAUCGUUCGACGAAGCCAAUAAGCAGAUCAUCAACUAUCCGGAACCGGAAUACCAGGCCUUCAACAGUUACAUUCUCGCACUGCAUGCCUACGAGGCUAGGAUGGAAACGCUACGGGCGGACAGAGAAGCUCUUGCAGAAAUCUUGGCUGAGACGGGCACAGUGGACUCUCCUCCAGGUACACCACAAACAGUUUCGACCGCUGACGGCUGCGUUACUACCGUUGUGUGUGGAGCCCCUAUGAUCCGAGCAGAUGAGAGUGCAUCUCAUAAUUUUACUGUUAAAAACAACGUGGAACUGUGGCUAAUGAUGUAUUGCUACAACACUGUAAUUCCCACCUCCUGUUUCUUCUGUGAGGAGAAAUUUCACCGUCAACAGGGUACAUUAUAUGCCUUCAACUUAGUAAUUCCAGGAAACCCUUUCGGGUUAGACGUUCGCGCUAAGGGAAGGUACUCUUUCGUUGAAGAGGUUGCCAGGGACGACGCGGCAUUCAGGAUGUUGUGGGUUCUCCUACAAAAAAUGGGUAAGAAAAUCAGAGACUUCAACUACCUUCGCGCUAGGGACUUGCAGCGACAAAACACAAAGCUUCAAGAACAGGUAAUGAUGCUUGAGGAGAAGAUACAGAAACUUGAAUGGGAUUACGAGAACAGCGUUUACAAUGUCACCCCCUAGAGUCCAAUAAAUAUUGCUUCUACUAGUACAUAGUACCCCUAAUAUCCGCCAGCAAUUUAUUUACUUUUAUGUUCCUCUCCUUUUAUCCUUAAUUUUCAC